AUGGAUCCCAGAAAUCACACAGAUGUUUCAGAAUUCAUCCUCCUUGGACUGACACAGGAUCCAGAACUGCAGCCACUCCUUUUUGGGGUAUUUCUGUCCUUGUACCUGGUCACCGUCCUGGGAAACCUGCUCAUCAUCCUGGCCGUCAUCUCUGACCCCCACCUCCACACCCCCAUGUACUUCUUCCUCUCCCACCUGUCCCUGGGUGACAUCUGUUUAAGCACAACCACAAUCCCCAAGAUGCUGGUAAACAUCCAAGCCCAGAAUCAGCACAUCAGUUACACGGGCUGCCUCACCCAGAUCUGCUUUGUCCUGGUUUUUAUUGGUUUUGAAAACUGUCUCCUUGCAGCAAUGGCCUAUGACCGCUAUGUGGCCAUCUGUCACCCCCUGAUGUACACGGUCAUCAUGAACCCCCGACUCUGUGUUCAGCUGAUUCUACUCUCUCUGCUCCUCAGCAUCGUGGAUGCCCUGCUCCAUAGUCUGAUGGUCUUGCGACUGUCCUUCUGCACAAACAGGAAAGUCCCCCACUUCUUCUGUGAACUUGCUCAGGUCAUCAAGCUGGCCUGCUCUGAUACUCUCAUCAAUAACUUUGUGAUAUUUGUUAUGUUUAGCCUAUUUGGGGGUCUUCCUCUCUCUGGGAUCAUUUAUUCUUAUGCUCAAAUUGUCUCCUCUGUUUUGCAAAUGCCCUCAGCAGGGGGAAGGUAUAAAUCCUUUUCCACCUGUGGGUCUCACCUCUCAGUUGUUUCCUUGUUCUAUGCAACAGGUGUGAGUGUGUACAUUAAUUCUGCAGUUGCUGGCUCUUCCAGAAAGGCUGCAGCAGCCUCAGUGAUGUACACUGUGGUCCCACAAAUGAUGAACCCCUUCAUCUACAGCCUGAGGAACAGGGACAUGAAGGGGGCCUUUAGGAAACUCAUCAGGAGGAUCACUCUCCUUUAA